AUGACUCUGUUGGUGCGAGCUGCCCGAGCUCGGCUUGUGCCUUUGGGCCUGCGUGGGGUGGCGACCUCUGCAGCGCGCCUCGGCGGUUCGCCACCGUUUCUUCACAUGCCGCCGCCACCUCCCCCUGAGUUCGAGCCAGAUGGCACUCCGAAGAAGUACCCUCUUCACCAGCCAGUAUGGGACCAUGGCUACGAUUGGGAGCAUUGGACGCUGAUGCCUGCUGGCAUAUUUCACACCGUCUACUACGGUGAGUUUGCGCAGGACUAUCCUCCGUACUGGGCCUGGCUCCAGAGCUUCCCGCUUUGGGUGGCCUCACCAAUCCUUGUCCUGGGUGCCAUCAUCGCCACGACCGUCUUCCAGAAUGCCGGCAGCGUGGGCAUCAGGCCAAAGCGCUUUACCAUCGAGUGGAUGCAGGCGAACCGGGAGCGUGAACGCCAGGAGAACGCCAAUCCUGUGACCCGCUACUUGGAUCGUCGCCGCACCGAGCGUGGUGGGACCUGGAUUGCUCAGUACAACGUUCCAUGGCAUCCGUACUUCAUGUGGAUGUCGAACACCCACGACCCUGACUAUCCGGAGUACUACCUCGACAAGCCCGGCCACCCUCACCUCCACUACGAGGAUUACAAGCGAAUGGACAAGUCCUUCAAGACGGAGGAGGACUAA